AUGGGAGAAGUGCAAGAUGAAGAUGAGGAUGGUAUGCUUUUACGGCUGCCGAACGAACUGCUGCUUCUGAUAUUUACGCAUGUGCGAGGCCGUCAUUUGGUGAACAAUGUUCGAUUGGUUUGUAAGAAGUUUCGCCGACUUCUUGACAAUCAACAAUGGUGGCUCAGCCGUAUCCAUAGAAUGCCGCAGAAUAUUCGGCUCUCCGAAUCUCAUAUGAAAGCAGAUGAUUUCAAUGCUGCACAAAGUUUUGUGGCUAUCGAGGAAGAGACUUGUCGAUGGACUAGGUGGAUGCCGGGUAGAAACUUAAUUGCUUCUGGCCACAUCGCCACGGUUGAUGCGCUGCGUUUGUUUGCACAUCGCGCCUCUAGUAGUCGGUUUUGUCUCUCUGGAGGUAGAGAUAGAGCCAUAAAGCUUUGGAAUAUCGGAGAUUUGCAGAUUUAUAUUUAUCGUUUGCGUUCCAGCUUAAUUGCUUCUGGUCACAUCGCCACGGUCGAUGCGUUGCGCUUGUUUGCACAUCGCGCCUCUAGUAGUCGGUUUUGUCUGUCUGGAGGUAGAGAUAGAGCCAUAAAACUUUGGAAUAUUGGAGAUUUGCAGGAAUCUCAGAUCAGUUCUGAAGCGACCAAACCUAGUGCGGACAUACAAAAUGCCCAUGAGGGCUGGAUAUGGUGUCUGGACCAGUCCGCUCGAUCACCAGACCAGUUUCUUUCCUGCAGCUGGGACUGUACCGUGAAAUUGUGGCAAAUCACUCCAGCAAGCGUUGAACCGCUUGUAAGCACUAAGCUUGGAUCGGCUGGUAUGUGCCUAAGCAAUUCAGCUGAUGGCCUUGCUGCUUGCUCAACUUUUGGCAAAAAGGUUGGUAAAUUUUGCUAGUG